GCAGCAACGACGCGAGGCGGGGAGCGCCCCUCCCACCCGACAUGCAGCGGGCGGCGUCAGAGAUCUACAGGGCCAUGAGGGCCGAGGGCAGCAGCGGCGCUCGCGACUGGCUGGGCGCGAGGACGCGCCAGAACGACGACGAGCUGAUGCGGGCCCUAGGCACGGACGAUAUGCUCGAGCUGUCCCCGCGGAGGAUCGCGCCCUUCGUAAAUGGGGGCGGCUCACAUGCUCGGGUCGCCCCGUCUGGCGGCCAGACCGACGUCGCUCCCACCUGGCUCGUGCAGUCGGCGACCAGCCACAGCAAGCUGGAACGUCAACGACGGGAGCGAGCCGAGGCGGAGCUUCGCCACCGUCGCAAGACCCAUAGCAAGGGCAAGCACAAGGACGGGAGGAUGAACAAGAAGGGCAAAGGCAUGGGUGCCAACAUCGCAGCCAGGCAGGGAGGCGCUGCGCUGAAGGAGCUGCUGGGGCUUGUGGAGAUCUCCGGGAAGUUCUCGCCCAUCAG